UUAGUCGCUAUUAUUAUUAUUAUAUUUGUUUUAGUUAAUUUCGCCGGUAGUUAUACUAAAUUUAGUGUGUUAACAAACUAAAAUGCGCUGGCUUUAUGCCUGCUUUGUAAUUAUACUGUGUGCUCUCAUAUUCUGUGAAUAUGUGGCCGAUUUUGUGGUUCUGCAAAAGUGCAAAUGGCCAGAGAUAAAGCGUAAGAAGUAUGUGGAUGAUCCCCUGCGUGCCAUGAUCAUAGCCGACCCCCAUUUACUGGGCCCCCAUCGCGGCCACUGGCUGGACCAGUUCUACAGGGAAUGGCACAUGACCAGAGCCUUCCAGGCGGCCUCACGCCUCUUCCAGCCGGACGUUGUUUUCGUUUUGGGCGAUCUGUUCGAUGAAGGCGAUAUGGUUAGCGAUAAGCAAUUCAAGGAAUACGUCUGGAGGUACUUGCAAAUGUUUCGCUUACCGCCUGGCAUACCGCUAAUUAGUGUUGUGGGCAACCAUGACGUGGGCUUCCAUUACAAAAUGCAUCCCUUCUUCAUGUCACGCUUUCAGAAUGAUCUUAACUACUCGCUGGUGCACUUGUAUACCAUUAAACAGAUUCAUUUUGUGAUUAUCAACUCUAUGGCCAUGGAGGCCGAUGGCUGUAUGUUCUGCAAUGAGGCAGAAUCUGCCCUGAAGAAUAUUUCACGCACUCUGCACUGCAUGAAGUAUCCCGAGGAGGCAGAGUGUGCACGCACACGUCGCCAUCCGUAUAGUCAGCCCAUACUGCUUCAGCAUUUUCCUACGUACCGCAUUUCGGAUACCAUGUGCCAGGAGCACGAUGCACCCUUCAUUGAGGCCUAUCGCGAGCGCUUUCAUGUGCUUUCCAAAGAGUCCACGGACAUGCUGGGUGAGCUGCUGAAGCCACGCCUAGCCUUUGCGGGGCACUCGCAUCACUUUUGUCACAGCAUCAAUCGGCUGGGCAUUGAUGAAUUUACGGUCGCCUCUUUUAGCUGGCGGAAUAAGAUAAAUCCUAGCUUUAUGCUGGCCACUUUAACACCCGAUGACUAUGUGGUUUCCAAGUGCAAAAUGCUGCCACAGCAAUUUGUCUAUAAUAGUUACAUGUGUGCCGGCUUAAUCUGUCUCCUGGUCAUUGCCUGGCGGCUCAUGAAAUCCUUGCGCAGCAGCCGCUAUCUGGACACAGAUCAGCAUCCAAAGCAUCACUAGUUUGUAUUGUUAUUAUUAAUUCCAAAUUCAUUCAGUCUUUCGAAGCAAAGUACAAGAGUCAAUUGUCUCUUUUGUGAUUUAAUGCCUAAUUGGGGCUUAGUUUUUAGUAUUAGACAUUUUUGUGAAAAUUAACACAGACAGAAGACAAUUUUCAUAUCAUUCAAAAUGCUCUCCACCUCCAGCUGCUGAUGCUUUUGCUAGUGAAAAUCGCGUGUAUGGGUGGUUGUGUUUAUUGAAUUCUAUCACAGACAUUAAUAUGCUUGUAAAGUCACACGGAAUACGGUCUGCUGCAGCUCGAUCAAAUAGAACAAAAAAAUAUGCCAAAAAAA